AUGAGUUUCCGACUUCUUUCUCUUGGUCUUUGCUUUCUAGUGCUCUUUCAUGGCGGUUUGGCUCAGAUACAGCCACCCCGGAAACAACAGACACGUCUAAGUGGACGCUCUGAAUGCCAGAUCGACAGAAUCACCGCUAGAGAACCCAACCGCGUUGUGGAAUCGGAGGCCGGAGUGUCUGAGUUCUGGAUCCCCGAGGAGAACGACGAACUCGAGUGCGCCGGCGUAGAAGCAGUUCGUCAUACUAUUAACCCUAAAGGGCUUCUCUUGCCAUACUACCCAAGUGCACCGGAGCUUGCCUAUGUCGUCAGAGGCGAAGGUAUUCAGGGAACUGUGCUUCCAGGGUGCCCGGAAACAUUUGAGACAUCGUUUCCUUCGGAGGGUGGAAAAGGAGAGUUUUUUGACAAGCACCAGAAGGUUUACCGAUACAAAGAAGGUGAUAUAUUAGCGUUGCCUGCCGGAGUAGUUCACUGGACCUACAACGACGGCGACAGACCCAUUGUCACGAUUGUUCUUCGUGAUACAAGCAAUGUGGCUAACCAGCUCGAUCGAACCUUCAGGAAAUUCUUCCUCGCCGGAAACUCACAAAAUCAACAAGGACAACAAGGAGGCCGUGGCCAACAACAGCGCGGCCAGGAAACCAGGUGGGAGGUGCCGUCAGAAGGCCGCACACAGGGUGGCAAGAGACGGGAUGAUCCUCGCCGUGCUGAAGGUGGCCGGAGAAGGGGACAACAAGGACAAGAAGGCUCUAAUAUCUUCAAUGGUUUCGACGACCAGAUCCUUCAGGAGGUGUUUAAUGUUAACUACGAGACUGUGAGGCAACUAAAGGGACAAAACGACAACCGUGGAUUCAUCGUUCAAGCUGAUAAUUUCAGAGUCAUCACCCCAGAAAAGCAAGAACAAGGACGAGAACGACAACGAUCAUCACCUUCACGAGGAAAAAGUGGUCGUCGUGGUGGUGGAGUCGCCAACGGCUUUGAUGAAACCUUAUGCUCCGCCCAGUUGAGCGCCAACCUUGCCAACCCAACCCAUGCCGACGUGUACAACCCACGUGGCGGACGCGUCAGCAGUCUCAACAGCCACAAAUUCCCUGUCCUCGACUUGCUUCAACUUAGCGCCGAGAGAGGAAUCCUUUACAAGAAUGCUAUUCAUGCACCAUACUACAACUUAAACGCCCACAGUGUAAUCUACGUGACAAGUGGAAGCAGCCGUCUGCAAAUCGUGAAAAACGAUGGGUCAGCCGUGUUUGACGACUGGGUUCGCGAGGGUCAACUGAUCGUGGUGCCACAGAACUUUGCGGUGGUGAAGAAGGCCGGCGAGGAAGGAUGCGAGUGGGUGGCGUUCAAGACAAAUGACAAUGCGAUAACGAGCCAGUUGGCCGGACGUUUCUCGUUUGUGAGGGCACUACCAGAGGAGGUGUUGGUGAACUCGUAUGAUAUUUCACGAGAGCAAGCUAAGAGUUUGAAGUAUAACAGGCAAGAAGCUGUUGUUUUGAGUCCGAGGUCGACGAGUCCGAGAGAAACAGCGAAGAAUGCUUUGUUGAAUGUUCUUUUUGGUUAG